GCAGAAAUCAAAUCAUACCGGUAAUAACGGUUCAGAAGCUACUUCCUAUCCAAUCAGCACAUCACCCACCGCAAUGGAUCUGUAUUACAUGCCGAUUUCUCCGCCCUGCUGGUCGGUACUGCUACUUGGACGUCAACUCGAUCUCACCUUCAAUUUGAAGGAAAUCGAUUUCAAAGCCGAAGAGCACAAGAAGCCGGACUUUCUAAAGAUCAAUCCAGCGCACACGGUUCCCACACUGGCAGUAGGCGACGGCUACGCUCUCAGCGAAUCGCGUGCCAUCUUGGUCUACCUGGUGGAGUCGUUGAAAACUGAAGGCCAGGAAAACUCGCUGUACCCGCGGGAUGCCAAAACGCGUGGACUCAUUCACAACCGGCUGGAUUUCGAUCUGGGAACGCUGUACCAGCGAAUCAUCGCCUACUGUUCACCCCAGUGGAAGAGCGGCUCCAUGGGCACGGAGGAAAAUCGCACCAAGGUUCAAGAUGCGUUCGAAUUGUUGGAAGUUUUCCUGAGUAAGACGAAGUACGUGGCUGCCGACCAGCUUACGAUUGCGGACAUUUCGCUGUUCGUCAGUGUGAGCUUGCUGGAUUUGUGCUACUUUGAUCGGUCCGGGUACGGGAAGGUCGCCGCUUGGCACGACGUUCUCAAGAAGGAGCUCGUUGGCUACGAAGACGUUAUCGCGAAGGGAUUCCCCGAGUGGAGGAAGCACGUCACGAAACCCGAGACGCACUAGGCGGUAGAUACGUGUAAUUCAUACGUAAUGAAAUAAAGCUUAAGCAUAUUUCCAUAUAGAUAUUUAA